AUGAAGCACAGCAACAAGGACUUGCUGGUGCACAGCAACGGGACUAUAGAGCACAUGGUCAUCAUGAACACUGUGGUGGGCUGUGAAGUCAAUCUGUACAACUACCCCUUCGCUUCAGAUUUCUGUGCCAUCGCCCUGAAUGUGUGGGCAAUUAGUGGAUGUGGCAUGUUCCUGGACUUUGGGAAUGUGAGCACAACUAGCGCAAACCGUGGGGACUGGCUAACCGAGGAGGUGGAACUCAAUGCUAAAGGAGGCAGAGAUGAUCGCAACUAUCUAUGGGUUAGUAUUGCUGAAAAUGCGGUCCGAAACCCGUUUCUAUCCCUGGUCCUGCCCAGUAUACUAAUCAUCUUGGCUGAUGUAGGCAGCUUCGCCCUGCCGCUGGGAGAGAGUAAGCGCAUCCCCUUCAAGGUUAAACUGGUUCUCAGCUUCAUCAUGUUCCUCAACAUCCUCAAGGACCUUCUGCCUGGAGGAGGCCAGUGCAGCCCCAUCAUCCGAAAGCACUUCUGUUUCUGUUUGGUCAUCCUGGUGUUGAGCACGUUGCAGUCUAUGGUGCUCACACGCCUGGCUAAGUGUGGCACUCUCUGGCCCUGCAGCCUCUCCAAGUCCAAAGACUCACUGCUUAAAGACACAGACAAUGAAGACGACUCCAAGUUUGAUAUUAAAGCCUCAGAGGAAGAGAAGAAUACAGCCCUCCAGAAGGUGGUGAAGUUUCUCAACAAAAUGGCUGCACAAGACCAGAAAAAUGCUAUACACCAUCGCUUUGCCAACAAAGUGGACUUGAUCUGUUUCUGUAUCUAUCUCACCAUCCUCAUUGUUUACUCAUUCAUCAUUUUAUUUUUCUCCUUUGGUUCUCGAUGUGAGAUCGACCAUUUACAAUUCUGGCAUUAAAUUCUGUAUUUGCGUUUAACAAUGAUAUUUAAAUAAAUAUAAAGUGUGUACUCUUCA